UUGCAGUCUCACUCUACUAACUUCUGUCGUGACAAACUUCCCUACCUUACCAAGCAACGGAUGCGAAUCAAUAAGGACACAAAGCGGGACUGUGAUCAGAGGUGCGUGUGCAGGGCAAGUCGCCCUUAAUUUAGCGGAAAUGUGUGGCAGUAGUGUGCACGGAGGUGACGAGCCGUGUCACUCACCAAACGAUCAACCGCUGCGCCUGUCUGCCAGUCUCGGGCCAGACCAGCUAGAGAGCGGACGCAGCGAUGACUUGGGGCCUGGCCUCGUCGUCAGGCACCAACAUGAGGCCCACCUUUGGUCGCAUCUCCGACAGAGGUCAGGACUUUUCAUAUUCAUCGCCAGGGUGGUCGUCAGGGCCGUCUGGACCAUCAAGUGGCUGGAAGAGCGGCUGGAAAGGAUCGAGAGGGGCGAGCAACGCGGCCGUCAGCGCCCUGGCCCUCCUGUCCUUCCUGUUCUUUCUCAACAUGCUGCAGCAGAAUCUAUCGAGUGGCCAGCAGCAGACGCUACUUUUCUCUACAAAUACAUCGGGACGCAACCGAUUCAACAGAAGGGUGCGACGCCCAGUGAUCGCCGUCGCGCAGCUCAAGAACGACGCCGUUGAGCUCAAAACCAGGCCCAACGCAAAGUUUCUAGUCCGCAAAACGCGGCAAAUCAACCCUUUCGCCCAAAAUGAAGAGCCGGAGAGUAGAGAGCCUUUGGAGGAUAUUGGCCCAACCGAUCCACCUCCACCUGUGAUGAUGGAGGGACUGGCUCAGGGCGGCGCCCUGCAGCUCGGCGCUUGGUUGCAAGGCAAACUCAGCGCCGACCAACUGCGCACCGACCUGCUCGACACUUUGACCAACUGCAGGGCCGUCGUCGCCUGCGCCUUGCAUACAAACGACAAUGACCAAAAGAUGCCGGCGGGUCAACUUAAGAAGCUAUUGGGUGAGGCUGGCGAGUUCGCUGCGGACACGUCCGAGGACAAUUUGAAGCAAGUGUGCCGCGACUUGACCCUGGCCGCCGGUGACGAGUGCAGCGCCCUAGCACUCUCGUUCGCCGGCCUGCUUCCGUCCACUGAGAGAGCAACCAAAGAUUCUGCUGACGAGUUGUGACGGUGGAGAACAAUUAAAGUGUCAUCUUGUGUUUGAUAUGCUGUGUAAAUAAAGGGUUCUAGCUAUGUAAUUA